GAAGUAUUCGUACUAUCAAUUAAGGAAAACGUUUGAUGAUAAAGCCUGCUAACAGUGUUUGCGUUUGAUACUUUAUCACCAUGUUGCGAAUCACAGGCAAAAGACUGAAUCCGGCAACGAUUAAACAAUGGACUCAUGCUGGGGAGAUUCGAUGUUUUGCAAGUACAGACGAUGGUGGAGUCAAGGAGAGUGAAAGACUGAAAGAAUUUAGGAAGAAAUUACGACAAAAAACUCCAAUAGGUAAAUUAGAGGAACUAGAAGAAGGAAAGCAUCCAUAUCAGGAAAAAGAACCACUUGAGGCUCAUCCCAACAAUACGAACCCUCAAACCGGUGAAGUUGGAGGUCCACGAGGUCCAGAACCUACUCGUUAUGGUGAUUGGGAACGAAAAGGACGAGUCUCUGAUUUUUAAAAUUUUCGAAAGAUUAUUCUCGUGUUUAAAAAUGUUUAACAGAUAGAAUAAAACUGCUUACCAUUCUCAAA